UAAUAAGUUGCUGAGGCGGUCGGAAAUUAAUGUCUUUAGUUUUUUUUUGUUUUUAAAAGGAUAUUCUUGUUAAAUGUUUUUACCGCCUCAUUUAGCUGUACUAUUUAAGCCAAGGGAUCCUAUCCCCUACUUACCUCCGGGUAAGUUGUCUCACGAAAAGAAGUUUCCUCCUUACAGUGGUGUUGCAAAUUUAGUUGCCCAUUUUGAAAAUCCUCAAGAUACACCUCCGCCCCAUAAAAUUAAAACACUUGAGGAAUACAAAGAGGAAAAAAGAAGAGCAAAAUGUUUACAAACUGACGAGAAACUAAAGGAAGAGAUUGCGAAAUACAAGCCAAAAGAGGCCGAAGGUUUAACCGGCGAUCCCUUCAAAACUCUUUUUGUUGCACGCAUUAACUAUGAAGUUAGCGAAUCCAAACUUAUUCGCGAGUUUGAGCAGUUUGGAAGAAUCAAGCAGGGCAAGUUGGUCUACGACCGGUUCUCUGGAAAAUCGAGGGGAUACGCUUUUCUUGAAUUCGAAAAGGAGGAAGACAUGCUUGUUGCCUACAGAGAAGGUGACGGCAUGAAAAUCGAGGGCCGGAGAGUUCUGGUGGACGUUGAGCGGGGACGAACCGUAGAAGGCUUUCUGCCGCGCCGCCUGGGUGGUGGUCUCGGUGCAACUCGUAAAGGCAAGCCGGAGGAAUGUGUCAAACAUUCUGGCCGCGAACCUGCUAGACUUCGAUCGCCUGACCGCCGCGAUUCUUCCCGAUAUCACAGUGACAGAAGACGCAGUAGCUAUCGUGAUCGUGACGAUCCGGGGUAUAGAGGCGAGUCUCGCUCUUCAAGAUCGGGUCACCAUAGAGAUAGUGAAAGGGAUCGUGAUCGUGGUGGGCGAGUUAAAGAGAGGGAAAGAAGGCGAAGUCGAGAGCGCGAGAGAGAUCGUCCCCGCGACCGUGAUCGUGAUCGUGAUCGUGAUCGGGACCGCGAGCGCGAUAGGAAAAGAUAGCUAAAGUCGGCUGCUCUCUAUUGCACAUAAUUUUCUUUGUUUCUUUCCUGUGUGACUACAUGCACUGUUACGUGCGUACAAGCCCACUUAUUACACGAGGUUAG